GGCUACGCGAGUCUCUCGGGCUGCCCGCCGCCUGCCUGACUGGAGAACCGUUAGUGUUUCCCGCCUCCUCGGUGAGCCUCCUUCGUUCCACCGGAGAAAGAGUUCUUUCCACCGUAUUAGCCCUUUAGCGAGGGCCGAGUUAGGGGGCCGGUGGGAACUUGGAAUCGGGGUUUUAAAGGGCAGUACGUCGGACGCCUGGCUGGGGCCUUGCUGCUGGAGGAAAAGUCCUUUGCCCCCCGCCCCCAUUCAAAGCGCUUUCCUCGUUCGUCCUUUUCAUCUCAAGAUGGUGGCUUCCAGGGCAGUUGGAAGCCUCAUCCGCUUCAGAGCGUCCAGGACGCUGGUCUGUCCAGGUUAUAUUUGCCGCAACUUUACAGGGUCCUCUGCUUUGCUGACCAGAACGCAUAUUAACUAUGGAGUCAAAGGGGAUGUGGCAGUUGUUCGAAUUAACUCACCCAAUUCAAAGGUAAAUGUACUGAAUAAAGAACUACAUUCAGAGUUCCUAGAAGUAAUGAAUGAAAUCUGGACUAGCAAUCAAAUCAGAAGUGCCAUCCUUAUCUCAUCAAAGCCAGGCUGCUUUAUUGCUGGUGCUGAUGUCAACAUGUUAGCCGCUUGCAAGACCAAUCAAGAGAUAAUGCAAAUAUCACAGGAAGCACAGAGAACGUUUGAGAAACUUGAGAAGUCCACAAAGCCUAUUGUGGCUGCCAUCAGUGGAUCCUGCUUAGGAGGAGGCCUUGAGCUUGCCAUUUCAUGCCAAUACAGAAUAGCAACAAAAGAUAAAAAAACCGUAUUAGGUGUCCCUGAAGUCUUGCUGGGCAUCUUACCAGGAGCAGGAGGCACACAAAGGCUGCCCAAAAUGGUGGGUGUGCCGGCUGCUUUUGACAUGAUGCUGACUGGUAGAAACAUUCGUGCAGACAGAGCAAAGAAAAUGGGACUGGUUGACCAUUUGGUGGACCCCUUGGGACCAGGAUUAAAACCUCCAGAGGAACAGACAGUUGAAUACCUAGAGGAAGUUGCGAUUACUUUUGCCAAAGGACUAGCUGAUAAGAAAAUCUCUCCAAAGAGAGACAAGGGAUUGGUGGAAAAAUUGACAUCGUUCGCCAUGAGUAUUCCAUUUGUCAGGCAACAGAUUUACAAAAAGGUGGAAGAAAAAGUACGAAAGCAGACCAAAGGCCUUUAUCCUGCACCUCUGAAAAUAAUUGAUGUGGUAAAGACUGGAAUCGAGCAAGGGAAUGACGCUGGCUAUCUCUCUGAAUCUCAGAAAUUUGGAGAGCUAGCAAUGACCAAAGAAUCAAAGGCCUUGAUGGGACUUUACCAUGGUCAGAUCCUGUGCAAGAAGAGUAAGUUUGGAGCUCCACAGAAGGAUGUUAAGCACCUAGCUGUUAUUGGUGCUGGGCUGAUGGGAGCCGGCAUUGCCCAAGUCUCUGUGGAUAAAGGCCUGCAAACUAUACUUAAAGAUACUACACUAGCUGGACUGGGCCGAGGACAGCAGCAGGUGUUCAGAGGAUUGAACGAUAAAGUGAAGAAGAAAGCUAUAACAUCAUUUGAAAGGGACUCCAUUUUCAGCAACUUGACUGGGCAGCUCGAUUACCAGGGUUUUGAGAAAGCUGACAUGGUGAUUGAGGCUGUUUUUGAGGACCUUAGUCUCAAGCAUCGAGUGCUGGAGGAAGCAGAGGCGGUGAUUCCGGAUCACUGUGUCUUUGCCAGUAACACAUCUGCUCUCCCGAUCAGUAGAAUUGCUGCUGUUAGCAAAAGGCCUGAGAAGGUGAUCGGCAUGCACUACUUCUCCCCUGUGGACAAGAUGCAACUGCUGGAGAUUAUCACAACGGAGAAAACUUCCAAGGACACAAGUGCUUCCGCUGUAGCAGUUGGUCUCAAGCAGGGAAAGGUCAUCAUUGUCGUUAAGGAUGGACCUGGCUUCUAUACUACCAGGUGUCUUGCACCCAUGAUGUCUGAAGUCAUCAGAAUUCUCCAGGAAGGAGUUAACCCUAAGAAGCUGGACUCUCUCACCACAAGCUUUGGCUUUCCUGUGGGUGCAGCCACACUGGUGGAUGAAGUUGGCGUGGAUGUAGCAAAACACGUGGCAGAAGAUCUAGGCAAAGCCUUUGGGGAGCGGUUUGAAGGUGGAAGCCUAGAACUGCUGAAGCAGAUGGUGUCCAAGGGCUUCCUGGGUCGCAAGUCUGGGAAAGGCUUUUACAUCUACCAAGAGGGUGUGAAGAGUAAGAAUUUGAAUUCUGACAUGGAUAGUAUUUUGGCAAGCCUGAAGGUGCCUCCUAAGUCUGAUGUCUCCUCUGAUGAAGACAUCCAGUACCGCCUGGUGACAAGAUUCGUGAAUGAAGCCAUCAUGUGCCUGCAGGAAGGGAUCUUGGCCACACCUGCAGAGGGAGACAUCGGAGCGGUCUUUGGGCUUGGCUUCCCUGCUUGUCUUGGAGGGCCCUUCCGCUUUGUGGAUCUGUAUGGUGCUCAAAAGACAGUGGACCGGCUCAGAAAGUAUGAGGCUGCCUAUGGAAAAGCAUUCACCCCAUGCCAGCUGCUAAUUGACCAUGCUAACAGCCCCAACAGGAAGUUCUACCAGUGAGCAGGCCCUCACAUCCUGCUCACCCACACACUAACUCCAGCUGCUGGCUAUGCUCGUUCUCCCAACAAUGUGGCAUCUAGGUUUAUCAGACUGGCCAGAAGGAACACAAACUCUGGCUUUGGGUGUGUGCCUUGAUUAAAGUGCCUUCAGCUACAACUGUC